UAUCACUCGCGUUGGCUUUUCGUGCUACUGAGGAGGAAUCGCUCAGGUGCAAAGCUCUAGUGGGAAAUAUAAAGAGUGUGAUUAAUCUCUUUGAACUAGAACAAUUAAGAGGAGUACUGGAACUGUUCGAAAAAUGAAAAGCGAGUUUGUAACGGUUUUGUUUUUUGUAAUAUUCGCUUCUUGUCAUAUCUCUGCCUUUGACGUGGUAGAUGGAAAGAAUUUUGAUUUCCAAAUGAAAGGAAAACUGGGUAAAGAAAACGACAAUAGUAUCGAGGAUAGAGAGACAAGAGUAGAGAGGGAUGGAAACAGAGAUUUUUAUUCUGAUGAUUUUGAAAACAGUGAUGAAGAUUUCUUUUUUGCUAAAGACAACGAUGAACUUAAGAAAAGCUUUGAUUAUAGUGAUUGGGAGACUGCCAAAGGGAUCGAGAUCAAUGAAAUAAAAAAAAAUGACGAGGAGGAGGAAAAUGACGAAAGAAAAGAAAAAGAAGAGGAAAAAGAACAAGAAGAAGAGAAAGGAAUCCUGAGAAGGUUGUUCGAAAAGUUCAAAAACUGGGUUCAUAAAGUUGGAAAAUAAGAACAGACAGGGCAACGGCUGAACUUGACUUUUCGAGUGUUUUCAACGCUUGAGAACUAACUUACUCAGGUGGACAAUGAAUCAAUUCACCCUCUCUGCUAUGGGGGGAUAUGUCUAAAAAAUAAAUUUAAAGGGUCAUGAAGUUUCUAUGAGCAUAUCUUGCAAAAUUUCCUGAAAGGGAACUCAGAAACGUUCAAAAUCUCCUUGAAAAAAAAAUUAAGUGCAGUGGACUUUAUGCAAGAGAUUUUAUUCUUAAAUGUUAUCACAAAUGUUACAAUUUCAAUUCUUAAGAUACCUAAUCUUUUUCAAUCCUUUUCAGUACUUUCUCUGUCUUUGCCAAAAUGACAGAACAGAUCUUUUCUAAGCAUUUUAGGAGGGAGUACUCAAAAUACAAAAUGGGACGAUUUUAGAAAGACAGAGUGAAGGUCAACCUGAAAUUGCCCAAAAUAUUUUACUAAACUUUAACAAAAAGAGCAGUUCCUUACAAAAACUACAAACAACCUAAGAUAACCAAAUGACAUGCGGCAUUCGGAGCCUCAUCAUUUUGUUCCAAGUUCGAGUCGUUUCCGAGCAGAGACCUUUUUGCACUCUUUUCCUUAUUUAUCUUUUGCAAUCUGGAUUAAAAAUUAAGGGAAAUUAGAUGAAAUUAGUAUUGCUGUGUAUUUCUAAGCUUUAUUCGAUAAAUGACUAAAUUCUGCUGUAAAAUACAAAUAAUUAAUAAAAGCCAAGUAGUUAACGCGAA